AUGGCGAGAAAUACUUCAUUAGCUGGUCUAUUUUUCAAGAAUUAAGGCAAAAUGAUGCUCGAAUCUAUGCCAACUAUUGAGGAGUGUGAGUAUACUGAUGAUAUGGAAGAAACUGGUUCUUAUAAUAAAAACGCUAAAUUCAUUUAAGAGCAAUCCUCCUUGAACAGAAAACUUAAUUAGAAUGUAUGUAUUGCAUGGAGCCAUAUACUUAAGAAAAUCCUCCAAGGAUAAUUAUCUGUGAAUCUCAUAAAUCUUAUCCUCUCAUACUUUGUCAAAAUGACCUAUGUCUUGUAUUUGAAAGAUAUUGUCACCUGA